GAAUGGCUUCACAAGACCCUACAAAUACAUUUCUCGUCAAACCAAAACAAAAGUUACGACAGGUGCCCUUUCAUUCUCCCUAUUAUAUCUCUGUCUCUGUCUCUCUUUUUAUUUUUAUUUUUAUUUUUUAUUUUUUAUUAUAUCUCUCAUAAAAUCAAUCCAAUAAUGGACUCCAACAAAAACAUGAAAUCUCCAGGAAACAACAGUUUCCACCAUCACCCUUCACUUCCUUCACCUCGGAAUAGUCACAAUGCAAAUGCAAGUAGUAGCAACAACAAUGGAGGAUUAUUUCCUCAACCACCAUCACCAUCACUAUUCUCUCCAAAACCCACCAACAGAUCCGAAUCGGGUAACCCGUACCCGACAACAUUCGUUCAAGCUGACGUGUCCUCAUUCAAACAAGUUGUUCAAAUGUUAACUGGGUCCAAUGAAACAGUAAAACAUGCUUCUUCAAACUACUCAAAACCACCCAUUGAACCCACAUCUUCGAACAACAACCAAAGAAACCAUAUCCCACCCAUUAAAACCAUCCCAAAAAAACAUAACCAACAAUCUGGUUACAAACUCUAUGAACGAAGAAAUUCUCUUAAGAAUUUUCAUCUAAACCCUUUGCUACCUGUUUUCUCUUCAAAUUCAAACCGUUCAGGUUUUUCUCCUCGGAAUCAUGAUGUUUUGUCUCCAAGCAUCCUCGAUUUCCCUUCACUUGUUCUUAGCCCUGUUACACCUCUUAUACCCGAUCCGUUUAACCGUUCUACCGUUACAGACAGUGGAAACGGUUGCCAAUGUGGGAAUGUGACUCACAAUCCAAAUCCUAUUUUGAACUCUGAGGCAGAAGACAAAGCUAUUAAAGAGAAAGGAUUUUUCUUGCACCCUUCACCAAGAAAUACUCCAAGAGGUUCUGAACCCAAAUUGCUUCCUCUAUUUCCAACAACUUCUCCAAAAGCUUCGGCUCCUUCAUCUUCUUCUACUACUUGAAUUUAAUUCUUCAUUUCUUUUUCUUCUUUGUCGUUUAGAUUUUGUUUUAGAUUCAUAUCUAUGUUCAUUGCAUUCAUUAGUUACAGAAAUAAAUUUUUAAUAGGUUGUGCACAGAAUUGAAGAAUCUUACUUCAAUUGUAUGUAAAAUUGUCUUCUUCAUCUUCUUUCCCCUUUAAUAUUAAUUUUUUGUUUUCGUAUUCUCCUUUCUUGUAAUGUAUUACAAUAGUUUUUUUUUUUACUUAGUCGUUAAGAUAGAUAAAAGGAUAAAAUUUGAGCCGUUAAUCUUUCUCUUAAUAGCUUACUAUUAGCUUGAGGAAAGAACGGACAACUCCGAUUUGUAAUUGUGAAUGUUUAUUUUCUUCAAGGA